ACAUAAACUAUUCUUUCUUAUCUUGGCUAUGAUGGAUAAUUGACCUAGGUGAAGCUAUAUAUCCAUCAUCGUCAUGAGCAUUAUGAUUGGCUUACGUCAAUAUUCCGAUAUGACACGAAAGUCAACUGAAAGAAAUUUAGUCACAGUGGCUUUCUCACUGCGGCAUUUUAUUUUCCUUUUUCUUUUUUUCCCUUUUCAUUUUUCCCUUUUCAUUUUUUUUAUUUUCAUUUUUAGUGGAUAAGUAAACUGCUUGAAUUUUUUCCCGGUGUAUCCUACUAUCCAUAUUCUCUUUUCCUCCCCUUUGUAGACUCAUGUUGAAAUCCACAUAUCCUUUUCAAAGUCAAACUUUACCUUCACCACCCCUCCAGACCAUGACACCUGAUCAACAAAAAUACUGCAGUGCCAUCAUGCGCAACUUAAAGAAACACCGUGACGCUGCUCCAUUCUUGAACCCAGUUGAUUAUGUCAAACUAAACGUACCUGAUUAUCCGACCAUCAUUAAACAACCCAUGCAUUUACUGUUAGUUGACCAAAAACUCAAUCAAUCUGAAUACACGGCUGUAGAGGACUUUAUUUCAGAUGUGCGACUCAUCUUUAACAAUUGCUUUAAAUACAAUGGACCUGAAGCCAUGAUUUCUGUCUUGUGUCAAAAUGUCGAAUCUGCGUUUGAAAAGAGUUUACGUCAAAUGCCACCGUCUCAUCCAUCGUCACCCAAAAUAGCACUCUCGCCUUCUGUGUCGCCACCACCCCAAGAGCAUUUCACAAAACCUAUUUCUGAAGAUCUGAAUCGACCUAAACGUGAAAUCCAUGUGCCUUCCAAAGAUUAUCCACAGACACUCACACACAACAAACGCACUCUGUCUGCCGACCUCAAGUUUUGUAGUCAGAUAUUACGUGAAAUGAAACGGGCUAAAUACAGAGCUAUUUCCUACCCUUUUCUUCAACCAGUGGAUCCAGUUGCACUCAAUAUACCUGAUUACCCCACCAUUGUCAAACGACCGAUGGAUCUAUCGACUAUGGAACGUAAAUUGACACAGCAGGAAUAUAGGACAGCAGAUGAGUUUGAAAGUGAUAUGAGUUUAAUGUUCUCCAACUGUUAUCUGUACAAUCCACCUAGUUUACCUAUUUAUUCAAUGGCCAAACAGUUUGAAAAGGUCUUUCGUGAUAAAUGGGAGCAUAAGCCAGUGGUUGAAAAGAAAAAGACCAAGGCAGCCAAGACAAGUGAUGUAGAAGAGGAUGAUGAUCGCAUUGCUGAACUAGAACGUCAUAUUGCCAGUAUUUCAGAACAAAUAGCGUCUAUCAAAUCUUCUAAAAAGCAACCUCGUCGUGUAAAACGUAAAAGACCAGAACCAAAGAAAGAAGAAUUCACAUUUGAACAAAAGAAAGAAUUGAGUGAGAUGAUUAAUGAACUGACAGGAGAUAAACUGGAUACAGUGGUGUCCAUCAUUCAGAAUUCAAUGCCUAAUUUACAAGGAGAUGGACAACAAGAGAUUGAAUUAGACAUUGAUUCUCUGGACAUUCAAACAUUACAUCGUCUAAGUGAAUUUGUAAACCCAAAAGCAAAAAAGAAAGCUAAAAGAUUAAGAACAAACUAUUCUACAAAACGACAAGAUCAACGUAUCAAGACACUACAAGACCAACUCGACAAAUUCAAUGCUUAUCCUCAAGAAGGUUCUUCUUCAUCCUCAGAAGAAGAUUCAGAUGAAGAUCGUUCCUCUGGUUCUUCUAGUUCUGACUCUGACUAAGGAGAUAUGCAAUAAAAUAGGAGAAAUAAAGGGGGAGAGGGGAGAGUUAAUAAAAACAAAGUCUAUAUUGAAUUUCACUCCCUUUCA